AUGCGUCUCUUCCUCCUCCCCCCCCCCAUCGUGCUCUCCACCCUCGCAGCGGCCGGUCCGCUCCCUCACCUUCUCGGCAACAAUCCCCAAGCCCGCGCACCCGCUCUAUCAAGCCAAGAAAGCAGUCUCACAGCGCCCGUGAAGGCCAGAUCCGUCCACGACGCCAUCCACACGGAUAGCAAGGAAGGCUUCGUCGUCCUGCUCAAGCGUGAUGUUUUUUCGGAUCUGGGGCAUAUUUUCGAUAAGUUCGGGUGCGAUGUUGGGGCGUUGGUUGGUGGGCAGUGCGGUUGUCCGGGCGUGGAGUGUUGA